AUGGCGACGCAAAAAACAAUCAACGCUCUCAGGGAGCUGUCCACUUGCGAGAUUUCAGAUGCCCUCAUCAAGCUCGGCUUGACCACCGGCGGCUUCAUUCCCGACCUUCACAUCUUCUCCCCACGGCAUACAGAGAGUCUGAAAGUCGUUGGACCAGCAUUCACUGUUCAGAUGGUAGCUGAGAAUGUCAAGAGAGAUGAAAACCCUCCCAAGACCGAAGAGCACUUUGUCUUUGCCAACUAUCACACAACUCUUGGUCAAAAGUCAUUCGUACGACCUUCGGCAUUGUCUGUCCCGGUCGACAUGUCUCCUCUCAGCUAUUCCUCCCCAGAAGUCACGCAAUUGUAUGACCCGGCAUUCGAUUACAAGAUCUCAGUCAACCCCGGGGAUAUUAUAGUGGGCGACGAAGAUGGCUGUGUAGCUAUUCCGCCAGAGCUUGUUGAGCAAGUCCUGAAAAAGGCGGUAACAGGAAGAGAGGUGGAUGACAAUGUGAAGAAGGAUUUGGAGGCUGGAAAGGGCGUCAAGGAGAGUAUGGCCAAGUGGCGUGGUGGCGGAGGGAAGGGAGAAAGCGGCAAGCCAUGA